UAUCCUUCGGAGACUGCCUCGCGCCCUAGUUGGAGCCAAUUAUCCCCGGGUCAUCGUCGUCGUCGCCAAAUACUUGUGGGGGCGUGAAAGGAACUCCUAACCUGCCACGAGCGGCGAAGACCAACUCCGCAAUGCGACUGGACAACUUGAUGCAGGACCUGAGAAUUGAGAUCCAAGCCAAACCUUGUAACAAUAUCAGAGAGCGUAACACUUCUUCCUGCAGCCAUCCUCAGUUGUAGGUCAAAACAUAUACUCACCUUGGAGGGACAGUGUCACAGUGUUGAAAAUCACGGUUACACAUACCCGAUUAUCAUCACAGACGCGCGCUGCGGCGAUAUUUGGUGGUAGGGUCCCUACCAUGGGAUCGAGAAUGAGCAAAAAAGGUAGUAUCAUGGGCAACGUGACCGGCCCUCCCAAGGCUAUGCCACUCCAUUUAUUGGAAGAAAUUACGGAUGGUUUCUCUAAGGACCGGAAACUUGGUGGGGGUACGUAUGGAGAUGUUUACCUGGGAGUGCAUAAAGAUGGAGAAAAGAUCGCUGUGAAGGUUCUUAAAAACGAUCUCGACCUUGAUGAUAUGGAAUUUGAGAAGGAGUAUCACAACAUUGCAAGUCUUCACCACAAAAAUAUUGUCCGGUUAAUUGGCUAUUGCCAUGAAACGCGGAAGGAAUUCAUGACGCACAAUGGAAGAACUGUUUUUGCUGAAAAGACUAAGAGGAUGCUUUGCUUCGAGUAUAUGCACAACGGAAGCCUUGACAAAUUUAUUUCUGAUGAAUCUAAUGGACAUAAUUGGCUUACACGUUAUGCAAUAAUUAAGGGGAUAUCCGAGGGUCUAGAAUAUCUUCAUGAGAAAUUAAAUCCUCCUAUGUAUCAUUUAGAUUUGAAACCGGCCAAUGUAUUGUUGGACGAGAACAUGUCACCAAAAAUCGCCGAUUUUGGCUUAUCAAGGCUGGUCGGAGGAGAUAAAACACACUUUACGGAAAACCGUAUAGGAACACUUGGGUACAUACCACCGGAGCACAUAGAUGCAGGUGCGAUCUCAACUAAGUCUGAUGUAUACAGUUUCGGUGUGGUGAUCAUAAAGAUAAUGGCAGGGCCAGAUGGCUACCGUAGAAGUAGUGAAAUAUCUUCCCAACAAUUCAUCGACCUUGUACAUACGUACUGGAUGAAUAGGAUACAUGCAACAUCAGUAGGCAUGUAUUCUAUACAAGUAAGGAGAUGCAUAGAAAUAGCUUUAAGCUGUGUGGAGACUGAUCGAGACAAAAGGCCAAGUAUUGGGUUAAUUGUCACCGGUCUUAAUAAGACGGAAUCUGGGAGCCAUGUUCUUGAUGCAUUAAGAAGUCAGCCAAGCUUACCGACAAGCCAGCUGUGCCCUUGCAUUACCACCGAUGAUAUGCUGGAUCUCCUGAAAGAAAAAUUGAUCUCUUAUCAACUUCGCAUAACUUACAACAGAAGUACGCCACACUUAGUAACAAUAACAACCGCUUGUGAUCCGGAAGUUGGUACGUCAAAAUCUGAGGUCCGUUUUGCAAAUCAACUAAGUUCACAUGCUAUAUGUCUUAAUUAUCCGUGCAUCACGAUAUUGUCUAAUAUUUAUUCUUUGGUUCACGCUAUUGUUUUCUUACCUACUGCUAUGGGUAGUUCAUUAUCCGGCAGCCGGUCAGACCAAGAAUCAAGAUCAUAGACUACAGGGAGGGUUUGACAGAGGCGUUUAGCAUGGAUGCACAUUCAACAAAGCCAUGGAUAUUGCUAGGUCAUU